AUGGCUUCUCCGGGUGACAAAGGUGAUGAUUCGCGCGGAUCGCCAGUACGCACCUCCGUAGACAAGUGGGCGACUCAGAUGGACAUGUUUGGGAACUACGUCCUGUCUGGAACUACCAGAGGCCAAUCCACAACAGAGACUGAGCCGGAUAUGCAGCGUAUAGGCGAGAGUAUCUCCAGAGAAGAGGACGCUUCAGAUGGAGAGGAAAGUCGAGAAGCCCGCCAGCAGCAGCACUCGAGCCUCCCGUCUUCUCCAAACAUCCCGUUUGCUUCCCUCCCUUCGCCCGUUCCAGCCCCAUCAGACGUUCCGAGCACCACGCUUGCGCCAGUCCUUCCGCCUGUUUCCACUAUUUCAGCCCUUUCGACUGAUUUCCUGGUGGCAACUCCCUCAGCCACUCCAUCUACUCCGUCUCCUCCGUCUCGUCCCGUCCGGGGCCCGCCGCCUCCUCCGGCUGCUCGAUAUACCUCAUCUGUUCCGGAUCAGGCGGCUUAUCAACGCGCUGUUUUGGCUACGGUUUCUUUGAACUUGCACAAUAUCUUGGGGGCCCCGGGUUAUCCAGCCACCUCCAGAGCUCAAAUUCCCGCUGGUGCUACCCCUGUCACAAGUUCUCAGACCAACAGAGGCCCUCUGAUGGCUCCAUUGGUUCCCAGUGUAACUGAACGAUGGCAAUAUCAACCUCAGAGGCAAAGACAUCAACCUCCUGGUUCUACCGGUGCCCAGAGCCGCUCCCAGCAGUCCACAGAGCGUGAGCGACGCUACCAUGAUGCGCCCUCUAGACGCAGUACCAUCUCGCCAUACCAGGUCCCUGUAAUCGGAGCCCGAGGCCCGCUGUCGACGUCGCAGGCGACCUUGGACUUCCUGGGCCCGGCUACAAAUCACGAUAGCCACCCGCACUACCCCAUGCCCCUGGCACCUCAGCCCAGGGUCGACCAACGAUCCGGAUCUGGCCAAUCUUCGGACCGUCCUUUGGGGCACCAGAACAGCCAGUCAUUGCAGUCCACUCACUCUCUGACUGGACCCCAAGCCCGCCAGCAACUGACUGACAACCGUGGCUGGGAGGGCCACGUUGGUUCGGGCAACAACAACCAAACUGAGCCGCGCAAUGAACGACAGGGAAGCAGCUAA